UUAUGACUUUAAUUUACCCGAGAAGCAAAUGGGGUCGAUGUCACGUGACCGGUUUCGGAAGCGUCUAUUGGUUGAGUGUCAAGCCUCGUAGACGUUCAACCACACACGUCCGUGAACACGUUUCGUGUCGGUUUAUUAUCGUCCUCGUCUGUUUGUGGGAUUGAUUCCUCGGCUGGGGAGCUAGGACUGGCUGUUAAAGGGCCAGAGGAUGUGGAAGGUGGUGUCUCUGAUCUUGCCUCUGGUCAUGCUAUGUGCCCAGGGGGCCAGCGGCAAGGAGGAGCAGGAGGCACAGCAUGUUGGCCAUGUUUCAGUGGUAAUAGUGGGAGGCACAGGGGACUUGGCGAAGAAGUACCUGUGGCAAGGUUUUUUCCAGCUGUACAUCAAUGAGGUUAGCAGCGGGUAUACCUUUUCCUUCUAUGGCGGAGGACUGUCGCCUGAAGCCAAGGCCACACCAGCUCUUUUUGAGAUCCUUAAGGGUGUGUCCUGUCCGGAGGACGUACCCGUGGAGCAAUGUGCCCUGCUAAAAGAACAGUUCCUGCGGCUAUCAAAAUACUGGCAGCUGAAGACCACAGAAGAGUAUCUGGCUCUGGCUAAGCACAUUGAUCAGGAACUCAAGGAAGAGGGCAUGAAGGAGGCUGGCAGGCUCUUUUACCUUUCAGUGCCCGCCUUUGCAUAUGCAGAUGUUGCUGAUAAGAUUAACAGUAGUUGCAGGCCAGUCAGCGGGGCAUGGCUGAGGGUCGUGUUCGAGAAACCCUUUGGCCAUGACUUCGGCAGUGCACAAACACUAUCAACUCAGCUCAGAAACUCGCUAAAGGAGGAGGAAAUGUACAGGAUUGACCACUACUUGGGGAAACAGGUCGUUUCUAAGAUACUUCCGUUCAGAAAAGAGAACAAGAAGUUUCUAGAUCCCAUCUGGAACACGCACCAUAUUGAAAGAGUGGAGAUUGUGUUAAAAGAGACCCUGGAUGUUAAAGGCCGCAUUCCCUUCUAUGAUCAGUAUGGAGCGAUCAGAGAUGUUCUCCAGAAUCACUUGACAGAGGUCAUGACCCUGUUGACCAUGAGGGUGCCACAGAAUCUGAGUGGCAGUGAAGUUCUCCAGAACAAACUGCAAAUCUUCAGUUCCUUGUACCCCUUGGGGAGGCAUCAAGCUGUCAUAGGCCAGUACCAGGCUUACAACGCAGAGGUCCAGAAGGAGUUGAACAAGACCAAGGAUUACCACAGUUUCACACCAACCUUUGCUGCGGUAAUUGCACACAUUGAUAUGGCCCAGUAUGAUGGAUUGCCGAUCAUAGUGACCUCAGGGAAGAUGUUAGAUGAGCGGGUGGGGUACGCACGAGUUCUUUUCAAAAAUGACGUUUUUUGCAUUCAGAACUCUGACAACAUUCAUUGCAAAAGAAAACAAAUUGUUUUUUACUUUGGCCAUGGCAGCCUUCAACAUCCAGCAAUUCUAGUAACUAAAAAUCUGUUCAAGCCAUCUCUAAUAGACAGUGAUUGGAAGGAAGUGACACAGCAUAAAGAUGUUGAUAUUUUAGGCUUGCCUGUCUCGGACUAUUAUAUACAAGCUCCAAAAGUGGAGAGGGAUGCUUAUGCAGAACUCAUCAGCCAAUUUUUUGCUGGACGAAAGGAUAGCUUCAUUAGCACUGAAAACCUCCUGGCCUCCUGGGGCUUGUGGACACCACUGCUGGACAGCCUGGCCCAAUCUUACCCUCGCAUCUACCCUGGGGGUGUAGACAAUGGGAACCUACUGGACUUCCACCUAAAAGGAAAGGAGCUCAAGUAUGCCAGCGAGGCGGUGGUCAUGAUCAUGCCUGACAAACUGCAGGGCUCGACAACAGACAAUUACCACGUGAUGCAAGGCAAGUUUCGCAGCGCUGACAUGGUGUCCGCCUGGGCUGAAGAACUCGUGGAGCAGCUAGCUGUAGAUCUGCAGGCAGCGGCUGAGGCAGCAUUGAAUGAGGGGGGUGUCUUCCAUCUUGCCCUCUCAGGAGGCUCCAGUCCACUGGCCCUAUUCCAAAGGUUAGCCCAACAUCACUUCUCCUUCCCGUGGAGGGACACCCACCUAUGGAUGGUGGAUGAACGCUGUGUGCCCCUCACAGAGCAGGAGUCUAACUUUCACAAUUUGCACAACCUCCUGCUCCAGCGUAUCAGGAUACCAUAUUACAACAUUCACCCGAUGCCCGUGCAGCUCAACCAGCGUUUAUGUGUGGAGGAGGAUGGAGGAGCUCUGCUCUAUGAAAAAGAGAUCACGCAGUUAGUGAAUGGCUCCAGCUUCCACUUUGUAAUCUUAGGUGUAGGCUAUGAUGGUCACACAGCCUCCCUGUUCCCUGGUGGUAAAGUGGAUGGCCACGCGGACAGUCUGGUGGUACUCACCGAGAGCACCAUUAAACCCCACCAGCGUAUGAGCCUCACUCUCAAGGCUAUUAACCGUGCCCAUAAUGUUGCCCUGUUGGUUAUGGGUAAGGGCAAGCAUGAGGUGAUCACCCAGCUGAGUCGGGUCAAAGACGACCUAAACAAAUGGCCUGUCACUGGGGUUCAUCCUACUAAUGGCAGGCUUGUGUGGUACAUAGACUAUGAUGCACUUUUAGGAUAGGAGUUACCGAUCAAGCUGUCUGGUCUUUGACACAUGACAAAUUUUCUUGCAAAUCGACUUGAAUGGUAAAGUUUGACCAAGAAUGCACAUAAUGGGCCUGACCCUACAUGUACUGAGCCUCAACACCUUUACGGAGAAGCCAAAUGGUAACAGCUUCUUCCUCUUUGACUAAAAUAAUAAUAAGUAUGCAAAAAAGACCUAGGUCGAAUUAUGUUUUCAAUUUUCAUAUGUUUAUUUUAACCAAGUUGGGUACCGGGUGAGUGGGGGUUGCCACAAAAAAAAAAAAAUCCAGUGUGCGUCAGAACGUUUGAAGUAUCACAGGAAAUUAUUUGAAUUAAUUUAUGGUGUACUUUACUGCAGCUUACAUUAUAUGGAUGACCAAAAAAAAAAAAGUGUGGAAAAUGAUUAGCAAAUACAGUUUGAUCCAGGUUAUGUGGGUUUUGUUUGUGAUUAAAGUCACGUAUUCCAUGCGAGAUUUCAGGUGAAAAUUAGAAACUGUUUGCAAAUGUACAAUCAGUACUUCAAUCUUUACUGCUGGAUGGGACGUUUUACUGAUAUUGAGAUGAGUAGGAGGAACCUCCCUCCUACGCUUCUCAUUGCUGAGAGGAAAAGUAGGUCUGUGUUUGGCCGUGGAAACAACAGUUUAUACAUUUAUUUACUGGUACCGAACUCAUAAUGGUAUGAUAUAACACUAUGGUGCCUUAAACUAGUAUGUGUCAAAUGCCUCAGACCUUUGUAAUACAAAUCUGGACGGUGCUGUAAGACUUUGACUAUCUGGUGUUUGGCCAGAAGGCACAUUGCAGCGCAAGUGCACUUUGACAUUGAUGCCACAACCACUGCUUUAAUUGUGAGUAAAUGUACUGAACUGGUUCACUUGUGGAUAUGGACUUUCUCUCACUUCAAGAGGAGCAAUACCAAAUCCCAGCAUUCACGUGUCAUUACGAUGCAUUUAUUUAGUCUUCUAUUGGUGAACAUUCACUACAGUUUCCUGCAGCUGGAAAUGAGAGAGAGAGAUGUUUUGUACCGAGAAUGAGUGAUUGCACAAAAGAAUAUUGUGGGUGUGAAAAUAAAGGUGUCUGUUUUUUUUUUAUAUCCACAAAUGAGUUGUUUAGAAGUCCAAGAACGACUGUCUUGUCUGCAUAUGUGUACCUAUAAUGUGCAUGAUGGUGGGGGGAUGAGCUCUUGCUGUGUACAUGGUGUAAAUGGGCUGAGAAUACCUUUGUUUCCGUGUUUGUAAUGGGAGCGGGAGACAGUGAGUUGUCAACCUUUGCUGUUUGAGGUCUUUUGCUGGGUGAUAAUGGAAAAUACUAUCAUGAUAAUCACAGAUUUACAAUACCGAUAUACACUGAUGAGCUUUGCUGGGUGAUAAUGGAAAAUACUAUCAUGAUAAUCACAGAUUUACAAUACCGAUAUACACUGAUGAGCUUUGCUGGGUGAUAAUGGAAAAAUACUAUCAUGUUAAUCACAGAUUUACAAUACCGAUAUACACUGAUAAGCCUUGCUGGGUGAUAACGGGAAAUACUAUCAUGAUAAUCACAGAUUUACAAUACACUGAUGAGCCAAAACAUUAUGACCACCUGCCUAAUGUGCUGUUGGUCCUCCGUGUGCCACCAAAACAGCGCUGACCCAGGCUGGGCAAUAUAUCGAUAUUAUAUCGAUAUCAUGAUAUAAGACUGGAUAUCAUCUGGGACUUUGGAUAUCGUAAUGUCAUGAUAUGACAUAAGUGCACCUUUUCCUGGUUUUAAAGGCUUCAUUACUGUAAAGAGAUGCAUUUUUCUCUGAACUUAUUAAGACUGUUCUGUUAUAUGUCUCUCUCUACCUGUUUAGACAUCCUGUCCACAUCACUAAUGAGUGUUUGUCAAAAAUGUCAUUUUGUAAAUAUUUUAUGAGAGCACCAAUAGUCAUCUCUACAGUAUCGUCAAAAUAUCGGUAUCAAGGUAUUCGCUAAAAAAUAUCGUGAUAUUUGAUUUGGUCCAUAUCGCCCAGCCGUACCACCGAGGCAUGGACUCUACAAGACCCCUGAAGGUGUCCUGUGGUAUCUGGCACCAAAACAUUAGCAGCAGAUCCUUAAAGUCCUGUAAGUUGUGAGGUGGAGCUGCUGUGGAUCAGACUUGUCGGUCCAGCACAUCCCACAGAUGCUCAAUCGGAUUGAGAUCUGGAGAAUUUGGAGGCCAGAGCAACACCUUGAACACGUCAUCAUGUUCCUCAAACCAUUCCUGAACAAUGUGUGCAGUGUGGCAGGGCGCACUGCACACUCCCUACACCAGCUUGUGGCCUUCCCACAAUGCAUCGUGGUGCCAUCCUGGUGCGCUGUUUAUCUGGUGCCCCAGGUAAACAGCUCACAUGUGCCAUCCAUGUGAUCUAAAAGAAAACGGGACUCAUCGGAUUAGGCGACCUUCUUCCACUGCUCCAAGGUCCAGUUCUGGUGCUUGCGUACCCAUUUUAGCCGAUUUUGGUGGUGGACAGGGGUCAUCAUGGGCACUCUGACCAGUCUGCGUUUACACGGUCCCAUACUCAGCAGGGUGUGAUGCACUGUGUGUUGUGACAUAUUCCUCCCAUAACCAUCAUUAAAACUUUCUGUGAGUUGCGCCACGGUAGAGCUUCUGUUGGUUCGGACCAGAUGGGAUAGCCUUCAUUACCCUAGUGCAUCGAUUAGCCUUGGGUGCCCAACAUGCUGUCGCCACAGCCCAUUGUCAGUAGGUGCUCACCACUGCUGACCCCACAAGCCUGGCCAUUUCAGAGAUGCUCUGACCCAGUCGUCUGGCCAUAACAGUUUAGCCCUUGUCAAAGAUGCUCAGGUCUUUACUCCUGCCCAUUUCUCCUGCAUCCAACAUGUGGACUACAAGAACUGAUUGUUUGCUAACCAUCUAAUCUAUCCAGCCCUUGACAUGUGCCCUUGUUAGGAGAUGAUCAACAUUAUUCAGGUCACCUAUGAGUGUUCAUCAUGUUGUGGCUCAUCAGUGUGUAUAUCAUGAUAUCUGAUUUCGUAUGCAAAAAUGCCAUAUUUGAGAACUGAUGUUCAUCACAUUGAACUGGUUGGUAUGUAAGGUAUAACAUCAAGCCAAAACUAGUUUUCAAAUAUUACUUUCAAAAUAUUUCUUACUUAAUUUUGUGAGAAAUCCCAGGCAACAUAUCAUCAUUAACAUUAAUUUAGACAACAAAAUUGUGUAUCACGAUGUGACAAUAGCCACAUUCAUCCCAAUGCAGUACCAUUGAAAUAUGAUAAAACCAUAAUAUUGAAUUAUUGCCCAGCCUUACUUGAGGUCCGUUGCCGGGGAAAUCGUGACUAGUCGCAUUACAGACUGGAAUCUGAAUUUCUUUCAUAAUGUCCCGUGGCAUAAGAAAAUAAUGUACACUUCUAUUCAUUACAGCCUUUAUUAAAAAAAUCUAUAUGUUGUUGGUCUUUGACCCCACAACAACUUCCAUAAUACUUUUAGAUUUUAUCUGAUCAGCUGCGGCAGAGGGGGUGAAUCCAUGCGAGGCGAUGUGAUGGUGUCAAACAGUCAAAGGUUCAUUUGGUACUUUUGGAAGUAAUAGAUAAUGUCUUUAGCCUACUUAUGUUUGCACUGGUUGUCUUUUUUUUUUAAAUCGCUUUGUGCACUGGGUAGUCUGCUGUCACCUCAUGAUCAAUAAACACCAAGUUUUGACUGUUUAUCUUUUAA